GUUGUUAUUAGUCUAUGUUCAGUGCAUGGUUCUACAUAACAUGGAAAAGGCAGCAGAGCAAUAGAAUCCCAGUGCAGUCAAGAAAUUAACCUUUUUCCAGACAAUUUCAUGGUAGUUAUAAUGAUACACUGUACUUCACGUACCGCAUUAUCUUGUGAACUAGUACAAAACGCCUCGUUUUACGUCUAUUUUCUUACCCUCUUUUGUAACGUAAAUCGGCCGGUGAUAUAACGCUCAGAAAAUACACCAACGAUUACCUGUGAAAUCGAAUGCGAAAUGGCGACUGUACUUCGAAAUUCAUUAUCUCUGCUUCAGAGACAAAAUAUAUCACAAUCAUGUCAGGCAAUAAGGCUUGCACAGACUGCUGCUGCGGCUUCUGAUAAACCAGCCGAAAAGUUGAAGACUUUUUCUAUUUACAGAUGGGAUCCAGACAAGGAGGGGGACAAGCCCCGCAUGCAGACCUAUGACGUUGAUCUCAAUACGUGUGGCCCCAUGGUCCUUGAUGCUUUGAUUAAGAUCAAGAAUGAGAUCGACCCUACUUUGACCUUCAGGAGAUCAUGUCGAGAGGGCAUCUGCGGGUCAUGCUCCAUGAACAUCAAUGGGACCAAUACACUGGCUUGUAUAAGCCGUAUUGACAGAGGUUCUAGCAAGGCCACUAAGAUAUAUCCUCUUCCUCAUAUGUAUGUCAUCAAGGAUCUUGUCCCGGACAUGAACAACUUCUAUGCCCAAUACAAAUCCAUAGAGCCCUAUCUCCAGAGGAAGGAGGAGAUCAAAUAUGGAGAAAAGCAAUUCAUCCAGUCUGUCGAAGACAGGGCCAAGUUGGAUGGUCUAUAUGAGUGUAUUCUGUGUGCAUGUUGCAGUACCUCCUGCCCCAGCUACUGGUGGAAUGGCGAUAAAUACCUAGGUCCAGCAGUUCUUAUGCAAGCAUACCGCUGGAUGAUAGACAGUCGUGAUGAGCUUCAGGCUGAGAGGCUAGCACAGCUCCAGGACAAGUUCUCUGUUUACCGAUGCCAUACCAUCAUGAACUGCACCAAGACAUGUCCCAAGGGACUGAACCCAGGCAGGGCCAUUGGAGAGAUCAAGAAACUGCUGGCAGGAUUUGGCACAAAGGAGGCAGCAUCCGCAUAAUCAUCGAGGAAUGAUGAACAAUACCACGAGAAGUCCUACAUAUGGGACUACAUACUUCCUAUUGAACUUUUGAUCCAAUAUGCAAUACAUUAUUCAGAGACAGAGAUGGGGGCUCGGGCGAUUUUGCCCCCGAAAUGCUCAACAGAGCCCGAGAAAAAUCCCCAUUUACUGCAAUUAUUAAAAGCUUAUCAAUGUUGCAGAAUUACACAGUAGGUUGUAAAAAUAGUCCCGGAAAUUAUAGUAAAAAAAAAAGGCCUGGAACAGACUGUUCAGGGAAAACUGAAGAUGCAAAUUGACUUUUUUGCACUAUAUUUUAAUUUUGACAUAAAAUGAUGCAGAUUUCCUGGGAAAUGUUUUUAUUCCAGAAUCUAUGCUGAACACAUAUCUACAGCAGAAAGGCGAAAGUUUUGUUUCUGUUCUAUAACACUUUGUUUUUGGUUAUUGCAAUACUUGAAUAAUAAAAUUAUUUAAAGAGGUUAGUAUUUUUAAUAAUCUUGGGUUGUAAGUGGUCACACAUUUGAAAUUAUUAUCGUCUAGCACGAGAUAUUGAAUAAAAAAAAACGAUAAUGGAGAGGUAUAUUGAUUAAUAGUUAUAUCACUGAAGCAAAUUGCAUUCAUUUUUGCUAUUAAAGUGAUAGUUAAAACCCAGCAAGAUUCGGAAUAAGUGGGACUGUUUAUAGAGUAGAUUCGUGAGUCAGGUAUUUGCUGUUUUACACUGAAUUGAUAUGCUGACUGCUACUCAGAUUAUGUGAUAUGUAAAUAAAUAGAAAAGGGUUAUAUGAGUUGCACAGCACAGUUAAAGUAUGUUUAAAAUAUGUACCUGAUAUGAUUUGAAUUUUUUUUAUUUUUCUGAAUGAGAAUGUAGGUCAAUAUCCUUUGUUCAAUUUCAGCCAAAUCUUGGGGGGAAGGGGAUGGCUUUAACAUUAAGAAGAUGUAGCUGAAUUGAUUGCUGGUAAGUCGGAUAUGUUGCUAUGUCAGUCAAAUUUUGCAAGGCAUUCUCGAAUCUGAAUUGAUAUACCUCAUGUGGAUUGAUUAAUCCAAUUGCAGUUUGAAGAUCAAAUGGGAAAUUAUCGUAUGGAAAUCCUUGGCCAAUAAAUUCAUUACCAUCAUAGAAAGAAUAAUUGUUCAUGGUUUGAUGUAGAAAAGAUUGACCUUAUGGGGAAGUUUGAAAUCAUACUUAAAAAAAGUUGUCAGAUCCGACAACUUUCCUUGAUAUUGAUUUGCUGAGAAACACUGUUACUAUGGUAACUGCCGGAUAAAAUGUCCGACAAGUUCUUUCAUGAACCACUCCCCAGAUCACUGCACUAGUUGGAUUAUACUCGGGUGGGAGGGGGGGCAUGUUCCCAUUUAGCCAUCACGCUUCAAAUGUAUGUGUCCAAAUUGUACAUGUAAUUGCACUGAACUCGUUUUGAAGCAGCCCGCCCCCAUUCUGUUUGGUUUAAACAAACCAUAUCAGAAUGAACUUCAAUCUUCAUUGGACUUAAAUCUUUAUCCAUAUUGUAUUGUGACAAAUUACUUAUGUAAUUUAUAUCUUCUAUUCCUGUAACCACGCACAAUCUUGUGUUAUACAUUAAGGCAUGUGUGUGUUCUUUAAUCUGAGAUAUACAUAAAUUUCAGGUGAAUGUGGAUUUUAACAAACA